UUGACAGCAAAAGUAUUGUGCUUUGUUUACGUCUGCAUUUGCCAUUGGUGCUGCAGCGUUCGGAUAGAAAUUUUAUCAUAAUCAACGAAUUAAAAGUGUGAUACAUUCCUGAACCAUCCGUAAUUCUCUAGUCCAAAGACAUACGCACCGCCCCACGAUGGAUCCCGCACUGUUGCGCGAACGAGAGGCCUUCAAACGGCGGGCGAUGGCAACGCCAACCGUUGAGAAGAAGGCAAAAACGGAAAGCUCGUUUGCCGCACCGAAGGACAUCAAGAAGCCAAGGCCCGCGAGUGCCGCACCGAAGAUCGAUGCCUCCAAUUACAAAACUAUGUCCGGUAGCUCCCAGUAUCGCUUCGGUGUGCUGGCAAAGAUCGUGAAGCACAUGCGCACCCGCCAUCAGGAAGGCGAUGAUCAUCCGCUAACGCUGGACGAAAUCCUGGACGAGACCAACCAGCUCGAUAUCGGAUCGUCCGUGAAAACGUGGCUCCAAGGGGAAGCGCUGCGAAACAAUCCAAAGAUCGAAGUGACGCCCGAUGGCCGGUUUCUGUUCAAGUCGGUGUUUAAAAUCAAAGACGGCAAAAGCCUGAUGCGGCUGCUGAAGCAGCACGAUCUCAAGGGGCUGGGCGGGGUGCUGCUGGACGAUGUGCAGGAAUCGCUGCCGCACUGUGAUAAGGUGCUGAAAAAUCGAGCAUCGGAAAUCAUCUUCAUUACGCGCCCGAACGACAAGAAGAAGAUCCUGUUCUACAACGACCGGACGGCCAACUUCCAGGUGGACGAGGAUUUCCAGAAGCUGUGGCGCGCGGUAACGGUGGACGCCAUGGACGAUGCGAAGAUCGACGAGUACCUGGAGAAGCAGGGCAUCCGGUCGAUGCAGGACCAUGGGCCGAAGAAGCCGCUGCUGCCGAAGCGGAAGAAGCUGGCCAACAAGAAGCGCCAGUUCAAGAAGCCGCGCGACAACGAACAUUUGGCCGACGUGCUGGAGACGUACGAGGACAACACGCUGACGCAGUCGAACGCGGUGCAGGAAAUCAAGCAGAACAAUUGAUGGGCAGGGGAUGGGUUACCUUUUUU